GCACAGAAAAUGGCGGAAUGAUUUGUAAAUUCAGUUGAGCAUUGUUUCACGUUUUAUUGUUUUGAUCAUUACACACCAGAAAAGCCAUGGAUUCCGUUGCAGAGGACGAUAUAACCCUCCCGCUGGAUUUUGAUAGGAGGUAGUCUUCCAAUAAGCUUACAUUGUCUUUAGCUUCGUUGACAACUUGUUUUUCGUCAGUUGACCACCGUGUGGUCUCGCAUUGGGCUAUCAAAACUCCAAAUUGAUCUAUUAUUUAUAUUGCUACUGUUUUAUGAUCCUCAUUUGCGGUCUCCAUGAAUAUUAUUUUGAUUCUAGAGUUAUUAUUUUUUCAGCACGAAUCUUGCCAAGUUCAAAGCAGCUGUGGCCGCUGGUAUCGGAGGAGACAUGCUAGAAUCCUCUGCUGAAUUCUCCGAAGGAUUAUCUUCAAGACCAGCAACGACGGGUUAGGAUCACUUAUAAUACUUACCCCUUUUCUUUUAAAAAUGCGAAACUACUUAGUGUUUUGUUUUGUUUGUUACUGUAUGUUGUUUGAUAUGGUAAAGUAUUCUUCAGUUUGGCUUGUCUUUGACGACUGUAUCGGUCAUCACAAUUCACCGAUCACGCACUUAUGCAUGUGAAUAGUGAUAGGCUUUUAAAUACACAGGAAGGAAGUAAUGCAAAGAUUGGAUGACAAGGCAAACCUGCAUGCUUGCGUUUAAAUACAGGUUCGAUAGUUUUAAUGGGUCUUAUAAUGAUCAUGUCAAAGCUAAGAAAGUGUAGAACGGCAUAGUGCUUCUAUAGGAACAUUAAUUUUAUUUACUCACGUAGCCUUAAAAGCAGUUGUUCUUAGUUACAAGCAACAGGUGCAACACCCGGAGCUUCAUAUUUUGAAGUGUCUAACAUGCCAAAUACCACCUUUUUUCUGUUAGGAGGUCUUUUGAUGUGUAAGACAAAGUUAUUCCAUAUGCAUCUUGUGUUUCUCGACAAUUAAUAAGCUUGAGGAUUAUAUUUGUUAUGUCAGUGAAAAGGGCAGGAGGACUUGGAAAACGAAAAUACAAGUCUCCUAGCAGGUAGCCUGCGAGCAAACUCUCUGGGGUGCUCACGGGCUACCUAAUUACCAUACCAUAUUCUGGUUACUAGUCCAGGUACUCUUAUCUCCGACCUACAGGGGACUUAUGAGAGAAAAUUUAAUUGAUAAAUAAGCUUGUUUUUCUCUUCUUCUCUUAGACAUAUCAUGUAAAAUUUCUAAGUAACAACUUUCAAAUAAAUUUGAAAUUAAUCAGUUUUAUACGAAAGCUAUUCCUGUUUGCAGAGAUAAAAUAAAAGAUAUAGUCCCCGAAUUUUUUAUACAUUACUGUAUAUUGGAGGUGUGCUGAUCAUUGCUAAUUUUAUCAUUCCAAAACCAUAAUAGUUGGCUGUCAGAUAGCUGAAAAAUCCAUUACCAAUCAUUUUUUUAUGUGAUGAGGAAUAUUACAGAUGUAUGGAGACUGAACGUUCUUAAGUAAUGUAGCUCAAACAAUGGUUUCACAGGGGUUUCAGUAAACAUUGAAGUAGCCAGCAGGUUUGAAUAGAGUACCCGACUGUAUCAACAAGGGACCGUUAGUCCUCUUUUUCUAGUGGGGAGGGGAUCUAGGGCGUGCUUCCCCAGAAAAUUUUGAAAUUUCGAAGCCCUAAAAUGCGAAUUUCAGAGUUCUGGGGACUAAAUUGAGGAAAAAAGAGUUUGUUUUUCAUUCAAGAAAAUGUAGCUUUCAUUCAACUUUUGAUUUAUCGGUUACACAAUAAAUUCCUACAAGCAGUGAACAAAUUAUGAAAAACAUGCAAAGAGAUGCAAACAUUAUGGUUAACUGAUCCUCUCAAUCAGUGAAAUUGUUGAGACACCCUGUGUUGCAUUUUGGGGAGCACUUGAAAAAUGAGCUCCCUCUACCCACCUUUACCCUACUAAAGGAAUGGGAGAAGGAAAAUUUUGUGUACACAUUGUGGAAAAGACAAGUUGUUUAUUAUUUUGUUUAUUUAUUAUUGUUCGGAAAAAAUGUAUCUGUGUGUUUUAAUGUGAAUAUUUUGGUCGGAGUUGUUUCAUGGUUAUCCUAAGCUCAGUCCCCUGACCAUGCUUGGUAAUUGCCAACAGUGCUGGUCCUUCUGUGUGUUGGUAUUUUUGGCCGUCUACAAUGGUGAGGUACCUGGAACAAAUAGUAAUGUCAUCCAUAUUCUUCUUCCAAUCUGCUUUGCAUCCAAGUUUGAAUCGAAGGGAGAAUUUGAGAUUAUGAUCAGGAUUUACGUAGGGCCUUAUUCUAUGCACCCCUCAUUUAUGUAUUCAUUAAGAACAAUAUUAUUUAUCUGACCUCCCCUGUACCAACCUUAAUGCUUUCAACUCCAAUUAAGGAUAUUAAUAGACUGAGAAACCUAAUUUAUUUCGUGAUUUUUUUUUCUAAUCUUUUGGAAUUAUCUGGUUUGUUAGGAACAGCUUCUCAGGACACUACAGGUUCACCACAAACAAAGACGAUGAAGGAUUAUGAAUAUGUAAGUACCCACAAUAUUGUUUGUUUUCCACCAGUUACUAAUAAAGAAAAAAAACUACCUGAUGAUAAGUAGUUGACUGCACCCAUUUUACACUUUAACCUAAAACUCUUUCCUUCAAAAGUGAUGUGGUUCACACUUUCAUUCUACCUGCCCCAAAAUUCCACAUUAUUUUUUUUCUUUUUGUUAGGUCAAUCAAGAGGUGUUUUUUUUAGUAGAUCCCAGUUUUCUCUGGCACUUUACUUUUGGUCUUGGCUGACCAGGAAAUGUAACUUUUCCAAUAAAAUCACAUGCUGGGUACCCUGGAUUUUACAGGUUCAGAGCACUGGGGUUCCUUCAAUUUUUUGUUCGAGCACAGCCCAGGCCUUGAAUAAAGAUAAUUUAAAUAAUAAUGAUAAUAUUUGUAAUAAUAAUCAAAACAGUAAUAAUUAUGCUAAAAAUAUUAUUUUUAUAAUAAUUUUUUUUUUUUAAUAAUGCAAGCAUCAAUAGAAUGGUCAACAAUAAUUCAUAAAACUUCUUGCAAAAGCCAAUCACUACUUGGAGGAAAUGCUUUUGAGAAUAUUAUAAUUUAGUGGCUAGUGUUCAUUUCCAUGUAGAAAAAAAGAGAAAGAAAAUGUAAAUUAAAAUAGAAAAAGUGAAAGGAAAAAAUAAUGUUGUCAUGAAGGUGCUAGGUAUUAAUAGCCAUAUUCAAGAAUUUCAUCCUCUCAUAAAUGUAGAACUUUACAGAACAUUGUUAUAUUAUAGCUCAAGGUUGUUUUGAAUACUGGUGAAUAUGGACAAAUUUUGUCCAUAUUACUCACCUGUCUGCUUUUAAAAGGAAGUGUAUCGAGUUUGUGUGUUUGUUGUCUUGCUAAGGCAGAUGUCUCAUGUUUCAGCUUUCCUGUAUGUGAGUCCAUCUUGAUAUGCGCAUAUAUUCACGACUUGGCCAUUUUUUUCCCUCUCAGUCGGGUUCUUAUAAAGACCUCUUUCACUUAUCAUUGUUUUGUUAAUAUGUUCUCCAAUUUGCAAAAAGAAAGUUGAAAAUAUUGGACACUAGAACAUAUACACUAUUAUAUGUACUAUUUUUGCUCCCAAAGUUCAAGAUUGCAGUACAUAUUUCAUUGUAAUUUUAAGCAUGUCAAAAUCCAUGUGGAUUGAGUAUUCAAAGACAAGGCCUGUGUUUUUAAUUCUAAACAAUGGCAAAGCAGCAAAAUGAGGUAUAAACUUCAUUUCAUUUCCUAAUCUGCAACCUUUACUUUAGUGAUGUAACAGCAGGAAAUUUUAAUAUUAACAUAAAGUUUUUGUUUUUAAGUGUUUUAAUUUUGAGGAAAAUUGAGUUGUAAGUAUUUCUGACCAAUUAAAAUUUGUCUGCUCACUCUUUGGUAUUUUUAAAUCCCAAUAGCAAAUUUCAGAACUGAAAAAGGAGAAUUUUGGGCUGAAGCUGAGGAUUUAUUUCCUUGAAGAACAACAGAAUAACAGUGAUAUUCCACAGGAUAUUUUCAAAGCUGUAAGUAUUUACUUUUUGUAAAUAUUUAACAUAACUAGAAAUGUCUUUUACAUUCAAACUGCAAAAGUGGAGUUAUUGAAUUUAAAAAAGGCCAAAUUUUCAAAUCCAUUUCUUUGACAAAAUUAAUAUUAUGUGCAAUUCAUUUUAUGUUUCCUAAUUAAUCCACCAACUUUAAAGCUGAGAGCGGGUCUUAGAAGUAACCACAACAGUAAAGUAAAAACUAUACCUAAAUAUAACUAAAUUGACUACCAAAAAUGUAUAUUAAUGGACAAACCUACUCAGCCUGGUAAAGACCCCAAAAUGGAUUGUUAAUUUGUGAACCUUAUUGGUGUCCAAGAUUUUUGUCUGUUAUUUAGUCUGGAAAAAAUGAAUAAGUGAAUUGAAACUUUUCAAUCAAUAAAAGAGAGACUAAUAAUCAUGAUAUAUCAUAUUAUGUGGGCAAUCACAUUUACUAUUAAAGGACAGUAUAAAAAAUAGCAAUAAAUUAUUGUUAUUUACAUUUUUUUUUAACAUGCAUGUAAAGUUGUUAAUUGUUUUAAACGAUUUUGUUAAAGAACAUAGAACUCAAGGUAACAGUGGAAAAAUUAAAGAAGGAGCUUGUUGAAAGACAGGAAUUGCUUGUCAAGGCCCGGUAAGUAGCUGAGUUUUUUGCCGAGUUUUAAAAUAUAUGCUACAUUAGAAGUGACUCUGAAAUUAAACUCUGGUAUAUUCGAACUGAAUGACAGAGUCUCAAAAGUUAUAAAAAUCUCACACAUUUGUAUUUUGCUUAAACAAUGUGGUACCAGAACUGUGAAGAGGUCUGUGAAACUGUGUUUGAAAAAUGACCAUUCUUUCUCAAUAGGCCUUUUGCAUUAGUUGAUCAUGUGAUCAACUUUCUGAAAAUAUGAAAACAGUUUGCUUUUGAAAAGUAUUGUCAACAGAAACUGAAAGAGCAUAUUUAAGUAAGGUAACCUGUAAAUUUUCAGCCGUAUAUUUUAAAAGUUGGGAUUGCAAUGGCCGCUGAAAAUUUUUUAUUAGAAGGAUUUUUAUGGGAAAAACAACUCUUGCCACCCAGUCACGUUUGAGUGGUUUUGCAUACAAACCCUUGUAAAUUUGGAAAUUUUCAAACUGUCAAAAUAUUUCCUGAAGCAUCAUGGGGCUCAAAUCUCCUUUUUAUUCAUAAUAGGCAAUUUAAGCCCUUAAAUGCAUAAGGGAAAGACUUAAUGACAGUUUAAAAAUGUUGAAACUUACAAUGAUUUGUAUGGAAACCGUUCAAGUGUGACUGGGUGGCAAGAGUUGUUUUUCUCAAACAAAUCCUUCUAAUUUUUGGCGGCCAUUGCAGCCGCUCCUUUUGAGAUAUACGGCUGAAAAUUCACAGGUUACUUAAUUUUAACUUGCUCUUUCAGUUCCUGUUAAGAAACUUUUCCAAUAGCGAACUAUUUUCAUGUUUACAGAAGGUUGAUCACAUGACCAACUGUUGCAAAAUGCCUAUUAGUGAAUGAUUCCUUUGCUUGAAAGAGUCCACCCCUCAGGAAUUUCCAGUUUGGCUUAUAUACUGUUUUUCGUAAAGAACCCAAUCAUAUCUGAAGACUUUCCAAACAAUUUCUGAACUCAUUUUGAGGAGUUCCAAACUUCUCAGGAAAUUCAUAAUGCCCUGUACAGACUUCCAAAAGAGGAUAUUACAUUGUAGUUCUAUUUUUUUACUUAGUUCAUAAAUAAUUUUUUAAAGAUGCAUCAGUUAAGACUGUAACAGCUCAAAUUUUCCUCCAUACAUGAGAAAUAUUGGUCCAUAGCUUUGAGUAGGCAUGGAUGAGAUCGAAGUUUCUGAUGGGCAAACAUGAGACGCAUGCCUUAAGGUGAUGGUACAUGAGACAACUUGCAAUGACGAUUUUUAGCACAACACAGCGUUACAACGUUGUUGUUACAUUGUUUCGAAUGGCUGCAACAUUUGAACCCUGUGUUGUACUAAAAAUCAUCGUUGCCAAUCAUCCUGUGUAACAUCACCUUAAAAUGUGAGAGAUGGGAGAUGGUUGGUGUACAGCAGCUAUACAUGUGUUCACUAGACCAGAUGGGUGACAUGCUGGAGUAUGAUUAUCAUCUUGAACUUUGCAGGCAGGUUAUUUUGAGGAUGCGCCUGAGACCAGGUCAGCUUUGGGUCAAAUUACAAUGUACACUAUGGCACUGUUUUGUGGGAAAAAUUUGGACCUAUUUUCCAGUGCAAUCUAAUAGAAAGAAUAGAUCUCCCAUAAUAGACCCAUAAUGCAAGACAUCCCCAACCCAGUCAUGAAUGCAACCUCAAAAUGACGAUGCAGCAACAGACCCUGAUGCUUGAUCAUCAGUCACAUGAAGCUGUAGUAGUAGUAGUAGUCACUGUGGUUGUGGUAGUGGUAGUGGUAGUGGUAGUGGUCGGUAGUGGUAGUAGUAGUAGCAGUAGUUAUUAAAGUGUUAGUCAUUCUAGCAUUAACACACUAAUUGAAGACACUAUAUUAUAAUAAGCAAAUUUACCCUAUUUACAUAUUACAUCUACAACAUAAAUAUUAAAAUAAGCUAUUGCCUGGUGACAUUAAAAAAAUAAUAAAAAAUAAUCUAAAAUCUUUCUCUUUUCACUUGCAGGAAUGCUGUUGAAGCUGUAGCCCAACAUAGUGACAGUGAGAUCAAACAGGUGGGAAAUAAAUUAAAGGUUGGCUUGUAAAUAGAAAAUCUGGGAAAAUAGCCUUUUUUGGGGGAGCCUAACUGUGCUGACUCUGAAAAAGGUUUGGAAAAAAGAGACACUAUUCUCAGCACUUAUAGUAAGAACUGCUUGAUUAAUUGAUUAAGAGUUCCCAAGUCACAUUGCAUGUAUUGUUUUCAAACAAUGAACUGCUUGUUGAACUGGAGAUUUUCAAGGGAAAUCAAACAGAAAUUACUGGAAAUAUGGUGAGGAGAUCAGGAGCGAAGUUUAAUCAACAAACAUAGAGCAUUUUAUUGCUUUUCCUUCUUUUGACAUUUAAACUUAUUUUAUGUUAUAAAACACCUACAUGUAUGUAACGUACAUGGGUGUAAUUAUGAAAAUAAAUUACCUGUUAGCAAACCUUCCUUUCUUAAAAUAAAAUUUUUUUGUAGCUCACAGAGGAACACAAUGAGGAGUUGAGAGAAAUUCGAGAGGGGUAUGAGAUCAAGAUCAAAGAAAUGGAAAAGGUUUGACACAUACAGAUGUAUGUUCUAGUUCAAAAUCCGUAAACUUCUACUUUGCCUAAAAUUGUGACCUGAGUGUGUUUAUCUAUUGUCUUCUCUGUUUCCCUAGAAUAGUUUCAUUUGCUUUGUACAGUGCUGUAGUUGUCGUUUUUAAAAAAGUUAUUGAUGUGUUGCUGCUGAUUCUAGGACUUGACUGUUGCAAGACGUGAAGUGGAGGACAUGACUGAAAAACUUGUAAGUGAUAAUAACAUUGUUCUUAAGCUUCUUUACCUUUUAAGUGGUUGCAUUAAUUUGCUCCUGUGUUUAAUUGAUGCUCAAUUCAGAGAUGUCAUCCAGGAUGAAUGAUGUAAUAAACUAUUUUGCACCUUGACCAGUCAUUAAAGCUUGCAUUUUAGUAGCAUCCUUCUUCUCUACUGGACUGAAUGUUAUGGCAUGUUUCCUUUUUUAAUACAUGUAGUUUGCUGUUCUCAUCAUACAGGCAGAAACAGCUAAUCUCAAUCAUCAGUUAAAUGAAAAGCUUUUAGAAAGCACAGAUGGCUUCCAUGAAGACCAACAACAAUUACAGGUGAAACAGAUACAAAAAUAAAAAACAGUUGAUGACAAUACCAGUGAAAGUAAUAGAGUAGCUGAUGGUUCUGUUUUUGAAUCAAAUUGGACAUUUUAUACAGGCACGGAUCUAGGAUAAAUAAUGACCGAUUUUUUAAACGAGCGCCAAAGGCACAAGCUUCUAGCAGGAACCGGGGAGUGCUUCCCCAGGAAAUAAUUUGGAUUUUUACUCCUUAAAGUCCCCUUUCCUGGGUUUCCGAGUCAUUCAGAGGGGAUAUUAGCCAGAUUAAUACUUGGAAAGUUUUUUUAUUAUUAAAAAUGCAUUAAUUAUGAACAAUAUGGCCGAUUUCCGUAAAACGGUGGAAACCGGUGUGGAUCCGCGCCUGUUAUACCCUGCCAGCGGAGGUUUCUCUCUCGCAUGGUGUUGGUAAUUGUUAGUUGCGUGGUAAUUGGUUGCUUUAUACACCCCAGGGUGUAUAAAACAAACCAAUUACGUGGCUGACAAGUGACGUGAAUGACUUCGUAAAUGCCAAUAGCCAUGCAAGAGAGAAACCUCUGCUUGCAGGGUAACAUUUCAUUAAAGUGUUAUUGGUGCUGGCAUAUAUAGCCAGAGAGACCAAGUCCCAGAAGUAUGGCUAGUGCAUUGUUGUGACAGAGUAAGACCUAGACUGAGAUUACCCAGUAAUCCUUUCUUUUUUCCAAUAUUGCUUUAAUUAAUAUAAUUACUUAAUUAAUACCACUUAAUUGAUCAUGAAUAGAAAAUAUAUUUUUAUCAUUAUUUUUUUUUCAUUAAGGUUGCUUUAAAAGCCACUUUGGAUGAAAAGGACAGGUAAUUCAUUCAAAUCCUCUUAAGUCUUGUUUCUUUUUUUCUUCAUUCAUUCACACAAUUAUUAUCCUCCAUCAUUCGUCUCUUUUCCUCAUUAAUAUACUGUCUCUUUUAAAAGUUGUUACAAAUGUUUCCAUCCAAGGCCUAUUGUGUUUGCAUUAAUUCCAAACUUGCUUUCAAAUCCACAUUGCUAGUUCAUUUUUAUGUCAGCCAACAGUGGUUGUAUACAUGUACCUCUUAAACCUGCUUCAUUGAUUUGAUUUGCUUUGUUUCAGGAUGAUAGAUGACUUGAGGGGAUCUCUUACCUCUAUCAAGGCAGAAAACAAGGUGUGUAUUAAGUGAAAUCCAUUGAAAAUCACUCUAUUGACAGCCUCUUAAUGUUAAUGACAGUGCUGUCAACUCUCCCAGAUAAUCCAUGAGACUCCACAUUUUGGACCAUGUCUCCCGGUCUCCAGAUUAGAGUCUGAUAUCUCCUGGAUAAUCGCCGAAGUUGCUACUUCUUGCAGACUCGACUUUCCAACCAUAAAAUUUCAAAUAUUUUGCGUUGUUUGAGCUACUGUUAACGGGGAACGUUUCCUCAUAAAUUUUGGUAUGCCACUGCAAUUUAAGCAAUAAUGUGGCUAAAUAUGAACUGCUUGUAUAUGUGCUAUAUACAUCAAUCGGAAUCAACGAGCAUUUUUGGCACAAAUGACGUCAUUUGUUGUGCGAUAUGAUGUCAUCAAUCAUUCCUACCCUAUCAAUUCUCAAUAGUUGAUGAUGUGGAGGGUUGAUAGCCCUGUAAUGGAGACUUUUUCAUUCUUGUGAAAAACCUGUUUUGGCUAUAAAAUCAAUGCUUUUAAUGAUGUCGAUGGUGAUGGUAGUAAUGGUGUUAAUAAAGGAAUGUUAAUGGUUUUAUGUUGGUAUUUGCAGUUAGGUAAUGAUGCUGAUUAUGUUUAUGGCAUUGAUAAUGGUGGUUAAGAUGUGCAAUGAUGACUGUAAGAAAAUUUGAUAGUUAAUAACUGCAAACUUAAACACUGCAAUUUUUACCAUACACUGUAAUUGCAUAUCCUUACACAGGAUUUAAAAGAUAAUCUUGAAAAGCUUAAGGAAAUGUUGGAAGGUCAAGAAGAUGAUAUUCCCCAGGUACUAUUGCCUAUUGUUUCCGUUAUCAUUGUGAAAGACUUGAGCACUUCACUGUCUGUUUGUUUAAUUUGUUUGUCUAUUUUGGUAAUUAUUGUUUUCUAUUUCAAUUCAGAAUGCAGCUCUGGAAAUCAAUGCAAAAAAGAUUCAAGAAUGUGAAAAGAGGAUCAAACAACUUACUGAUGAACUUGAAACUAGAAAGCAGAAAGUAGAGGUGAGGCUCAGUGAAUAACAUAUUAAUUCUAUGAAGCAUUGAAUGGUGUUGUAAUGUACGGCUAAAUAGAAUCCUUUGGUUAAAAGUUUGGUUUUCCUUAUGCAGGUUAUGUAAUUUCACCCCACAAGACAAACAAAAAGGAAAUUCCUUUAACCCUUUCACGGCCAGAGUGCUUGAUGGAGGACCUUGUAAGGUGACUCUAACUUCUGAGUUUGCAGACCAAAUCCUAUGAUGUAACCAUUCAUAUGAAACCUCUCUGCCUUUACUUACACAUGGUGCUACUUGUUUUUCAAAAUUUCACAAAAUGAAAUUUGGAAAUUUGGUCGAAAUUUGCUUUGGCGAAAUUUGGCAGUGAAAGGGUUAAGAAUACCCUUGUGUAAGUUAAUAAUUUGGUUUGAAGAUGACUUACCUGGGCUUUUGCUUAUCGGACAAAGGUGCAUGAAAAGUUACCGCUCGCCACGGCAACUGAACGGGACCUUUUUUGAGCCUGACGAACUUAAGAGGUUUAUUUCCUUGUACAUAACAGGGGCUGCCAUUGAACGGUAAUGUUCAUCACACGGAUCAAUUUAGGUUGGCUGGGAAACUGCCCACCUACCCCUCCCUUUAAGCCAUCAUUUUGCCCUACGUGAGAAAUAAGUAUUAAUGUUAGCUUAGGGGAGGGGUAGGUGGGCAGUUUCCCAGAAACCUAAAUUCAGAUCCGAUCACACAACUCAACUCUAAAUUCAAAUGCAUCCUUUGUGGGAGCAAUUUUAUUUCAAUAUAGGCAGCAUAAACUAUCUAUGUUGCGGUGUAUACACUUCUUGCAUAUACAGGCAUGGUUAUUUGAAUAGUUAUUGUUAGCGUAAUAUUAUUGAUCUGAUUUGGUUCUUCAAGGAAUUAAAGGAGAAAACUAAAAAACUGGAUAGAACAAACAGGGUAAGACAUGGUCCUGUUGUUGUCUUUUACUAAGUGCAUCAAAAGUCCCUUUACCAGCUUCGUAUGUUAGCAUUGUUUUGUUUCAAUGUUUUUGUAAGAUAUUGUCCUUUCUGUUUGUUUCAGGACCUAAGAAAUCAGCUCCAUGAAAAGGAAAGAGAACAGCUUCAUUCCAGAAGUUCAAUGGAUAGUUCUUUGUCACAGGUGUGAAUUGCCAAAAAAGUCAACUCCUGUAUUGCUUAGUUCCAGAAAUAUUCUGAUUAUUUAUUAUAAUAUUCUGAUUUGUUUUAUAACCCCCCUCCCGUGUGGAAGUUCCAAAUUAGUUUCAUACAUUGCUUUAGAUUUCUGAGUCUUUAAGACCCUUUCCCCCCCACUAGAAUUUCCAGUAUGGAUAUUUUUCUGGAAUUACACAUUAGUAAAUGGGAGUAGCAGCACGAAACAUAGCCAUCUGGGCUUGUUGAGACCUUAAGUCUGCCCUCAAGUCGCGCACAUACCAUGCACGCUUUUCGUAAUGUGUGCUUGAUGGAGCUCGAGUAUGUCCAAUGUACUGUGUCACUCAUCGCUUGUUUUUACUUGCACAGAGUCACAGGGAUGGUUCCAGUUCAAGAGAUAGUGAGGUAUGUAAUGCAUCAUCAGCCCUAUAUUCUUCGACAAAAAUAGUUGGGACACUUCCACAGAACGCUGUUUUUUUCCUUCUCGCCCGUCUCCUCUAUCUCCCAAAGUUGUUUAUCGCAGUUAAUAUAGCAAAUCAGUUACUCCAACAUUGGGAGGGCAAGAAUUCAGUGUUAAAAGUGUCCCAUUGUCCCAACAAUUUUUAACUGAGACCUGUAGAUAGAUUUAAACGUAAAUAGAACUAAUUUUUGAUUUUGCUUAUUGCCACGAAGUACAACAAAAUUGUUUGUCUGGACAAAUAAGAAGUGGCCGUUGUAAAAUAAGCAAAGAUUCAGCUGUAAUUAACUUGUCAUUGAGGUUCAUAUUGGUAUUGUUAGCUAAAAGUGAGAUGGAAUUAUUGAUUUUUUUUUGGUAUCUCGAAUUUCUUAAUUGAAAUAGUUUUGUGUAGCAGCAAUCAAUCGAUGUUUUAUUGUGAAUUAACUCCUAGUUACAAAAGCUGUAUACCAAAGUUCAGGAUUUGAAUCAAAGUUUGACAGCAACAAGAGAAGCUGCUCAUACUGCUAAAAGGAAGUGGUACCAGGUAUGUAACUUGUGGGCAAGCUAA